AUGGCGGCCCCUCGGUUCCUUCUCAUAAGCCUGGGGAAUCCUGAGCCAUACUACAACACACUUCACUCCGCCGGUCACCACGCCCUCGCCAAUCUUCAGAAGCUCUUGGGCCCUUCCCAGCCUGCCUUCCACAGGGGCCGGUUCGGCGGCAGCUCAUGCCUGGCCUCCAUCGGCCCCAAGUACGUUAUGAUCCAGAGCCCCGCCGUCAUGAACGUCUCUGGCAAAUGGGUCGCCAAGGCGUGGAAAGAGACGCUCGGCGCGCGCGACCCGGCCGACCUGAGUCUUCUCCUAGUCCACGAUGACCUGGAGGAGGAGCUGGGCUUCGUCAAGACGAGAAAGUGGAAGAGCAGCCACCGGGGUCACAACGGGGUCAAGAGCGUCAACGCUUGUCUCCGCCAGGCGGACUACCCCGGGUCGGAGUGGGCGAGGAUAUGCGUUGGUAUUGGGCGGCCGGAAGAGCGCGAGAAGGCUACCGUGUCUAACUAUGUGCUGAAGCCCAUGUCGAGGCACCAAUGGUCUACCCUCGAGGCCAACGCAGGGCCUGGGACCCUCGAGUGUCUUCUCGCGUGGGAGGAGAAGUUGGCCGCUGCAGCUGGAAAGUGA